CACCACUCUGUAGCAGUGAGUGGCUGCAACAAAAAGCACAGAAUAACAUCCCUGACUCCCCGCUCUGCUUUUUUCUCUCUCCCUGCGUCUCGGCUAGCAGAGGAGGGCUCCGCUCACAGCUCUGCAGAGGCUAUGCUGAGACUGAGCCGGCGUCGCACGCAGGAUCUCUGGAUGCCAUCAACAAGUUAGGGUCGGAGGAACACAGCCAUGAAGACGAAGGCUUGAUCUGCAAUUAACCGUCUGAGCCGACAUCAUUGCGGUGGAAGGGAAACAAAAGGGUAAAAAAAAGAAAAAGAAAAAAAGGAGAGGAGGGGGGGUCUGUUCACCGGAGUCGCUCUGGAUGCAACUGAUCAACUUAAAAAAUAUAUAAUUAAAUAAUUAUUUCAAGGAUUCGUCGGAAAGAGGAAAAGAUUCAAUUCUUCUCUGAGCACGGAUUUUCAUGGACUCCAAGCAAAAUAAGAGGAAUAUUCAUCACCUUGGGACAUGGAAUUUCAUAUUUUGUUUGAAUUGGGUGGGCUCAGAAUUGCUUUAUUUCCAAAGAAGCUGAUUCCUUUUGUGCUUACUCAAAAGGGUUUUUUCCCUUUGGAUUUUUCUUCCAUCUGGUUGCUCCAAGAGUCUGCGGAAAAGGACAGUUGAAUGCAGCCUCCGAUGUGCACAAAAGAAUGGGUUUCCAUUCAAGGUGGCCAUUGGUGGGACCUGCACCAGCGGCUCUGUAUCUGUAUGUGAUCAGCAUGCUCCUAGUGUGCCUGCUGCCUUCUGCAUCGUGCACGACCUGCCCUCAAAAAUGCCGCUGUGAGGACCUGCAGUUCUACUGCGACACCCAGGGGCUUCAGGCACCCCCAGAUGGUGUGGACAAAGGGGCCCUGGGGUUGUCGCUUCGCCACAACAGCAUCACCGAGCUCAGCCCUGAUCAAUUCUAUGGCUUCAGCCAGCUCACAUGGCUACAUUUAGACCACAACCAGAUUACAACAGUACAAGAGGAUGCCUUUCAAGGGCUCUACAAGCUGAAGGACCUCAAUCUGAGCUCCAAUCGUAUCACCAAGUUGCCCAACACAACCUUCAUCCACCUCAUCAACCUCCAGAUCCUGGACCUGUCUUUCAAUCAGAUGACUGCAUUGGAACCAGAACUGUUUCAUGGACUGAGGAAACUCCAGAUACUCCACCUCCGCUCUAAUUUACUCCGCACCACACCUGUCCGGGCAUUCUGGGACUGCCGCAGCCUGGAAUAUCUGGGCCUGAGCAGCAACCGUCUACGGAGUCUGGCCCGGAAUGGAUUUGCUGGGCUCAUUAAGCUCAAAGAGCUCCACUUGGAGCACAAUCAGCUGACCAAGAUCAACUUGGCCCAUUUCCCUCGCCUUGUUGCCCUCCAGUUUCUGUUCCUGCAGUGGAAUAAAAUCAGCAACUUAACCUGUGGCAUGGAGUGGACGUGGACCACUCUAGAGAAACUGGACCUGACCGGAAAUGAGAUCCGUGUCCUGACAUCUGAUGUGUUUCAAACGCUGCCAAAUUUAAAGAUUUUGCUGCUGGAUAACAACAAAUUAAGCAGUCUGGAUCCCACAGUCAUGGAUAUGUGGCAGUCUCUGGGUACUAUUGGGCUGUCGAGCAACUAUUGGGAAUGUACCAAAAGGAUUUGCUCUCUGGCCACAUGGCUCAGCACCUUUAAGGGAAGGUGGGAACAUUCCAUCCUCUGCCAUAGUCCUGAAUAUGCCCAAGGAGAGGAGAUACUCGAUGCUGUUUAUGGAUUCCAGCUUUGCCAGAAUUUCUCAGCGCCGGUUGUUCAGACCAUUAGUACGACCACGGACGCUACUAUAGCUGCAGAGAUGACAAGCUCCCUAUUUGGAAUUAUGCAGCCUACCCCCACGCAGGACUAUGCAGAGGAUUUUGGGAGCUUUACCACAGUCACUACCACAACGACCACAACAACAACACCACGCACUGCUCAAGCAACCACUGCUCCGAUGGAAGAGGCAGCUGUGACAGAGGACUUCUCUGCAAUGGACAACACUGUAAUGACUCAUAGGGUUAUCAUUGGAACUAUGGCCCUUCUAUUUUCAUUCUUUUUCAUCAUUUUCGUUGUGUAUAUCUCACGGAAGUGCUGCCCUCCCACCCUGCGCAGGAUACGCCACUGUUCGGCUAUUCAGAACCGCAGACAGAUGAGGACCCAGCAGCGGCAGCCUAUGGCAGAUCUAGCUACACAGGUACCCUAUAAUGAGUACGAGCCCAGCCAUGAGGAAGGGGCCCUCGUGAUCAUAAACGGCUAUGGGCAGUGCAAGUGUCAGCAACUGCCUUACAAAGAGUGUGAAGUAUGAACACUUAUUUAUUCCUAGAGCAUAUGGUUUGCCAUUUGACCAUUUCAGAUGAUACAGGGUUUGCUUUUUCGUUCUUCUUUUUUUUCCAGUUGAUGUAAAAAGCAUAAUUUCUACAAGUGAGAUUUAAGAAUAUGUGAGACAUGCCGAGUGCUACAAUGACAGAGGUUGGACAUGACAGUUAGGGACGGUGUAGAGAUAGUCACAAAUUUAUUUUUCUAUGAAUGCAAAGUUGUUCAUAUCAGGCAGGGGCAAUCAUUUUAAAACAAGAAAAUUGUAUAACUGUGAGAUUUGUCUCCACAUUGUCACUAUAUUCUGGAGCACAGAGAAAAUACUUAGCCAAAUGGCCCUCUGCUAACGGAAUACAUUAAGUGGAGAAAUGUGAUUUAUGUCUUAUUUCUUUUUAAAAGCAAAUAUUUGAAUUCCUGUUUCUAACUGCACCACAGGCCCUGUAAGCCAAUCACUCAAUCACUAGGGCAUUAGAAUCGGAUCAGUCAUAAUGUCUUUUUUUUUCAGUUUCAUUGUUCAAAGAGAACUAUUAUAAUUAAAAAAGGACCCCAAGACCAAAUUUCUGAAUUAUAUCCGAAAGAUAAAUGUCAUUACUGUUUUGUUACAAAUAAAAUGUAAAUUUUCUUGAGGAGAGAACACCCAUGACAUUCAGUUUAGUAUACACACAUGUACAUUUCAUUUACCAAAUGAGACACGAGUCAAUCGGGUGACUAUAGUCUUCCAUCAGAUCAAAGGAGUCAGUGUUUGUUGUUUACAGAACUUCUUUUGGGUGGCCAUCCCCUUCCCCCCCAAAAACUGUGCUUAGCUAAAAAGGAACUCUUUAGUUUAAAUAUGAAUUUCUUCUUCGUAAAAAUGCAACCACAAGUGUGUACUGAUUGAAAGGACAGCAAAAAUUGCGAUAUAUAAAUAUAUUGGAAAAAUUACCUUGUUAAUCAGACCCGUAAAUGCAAUGCUGUUUUGCAGCUUGUUCGGUGUGCAAGCGCCCGCCCACGAGGGCAAACCACAGCAAAUACAUUCUCAACCUGUGGUGAAACACUAUGCUUUGUUCAUAUGUGGUUAAUGUCCAAUAUACACUGCAAAACAUAUGGAAGUCUUCCUCUUCUGGGAAGAACAAAAUGAUUAGACCUCUACAUUUACAAUGACCUGUAUGGAUUGUCUAGCCCGAAUGCCACACACUGUGACCAUAAUAUUCCCAGCAGCUUAACCUAGUAAGUGGAGUUUGCAGAUUUGCCAUUAUAUAAUAAGAUCAAUAUACAGACGAGUGUGAUGUGUAGGGGACACAAGUGAAAGGGUAAUGACCAGCGCAAAUGCCAGAUAGGGGAGCAUUUCAUUCUGCUUUCAGCAGUAGCCCAGGAUAUUUACUGCUCACACACUAAUCAGGACUGACAGGCCCAAGAUUGAACCAAUUAAGGCAAGGCAAAAAUAAUCUAAUAUUCUGUCACCCACACCAGUGAUCCAGCAACAUUUAGCUUGUUCAGCCACUCCAAAAUAGUUCUAGUAGAAUCAUUCUCCGUACCACGUAAAAACAUCAUUCAACCUUUUACUUUAAGACAUUGUUCGUGUUUAGGAUGUCAUUUACAUGAUUAAAAACAGACUACGGGAAAGAAAACAUCUUAUAAUAGUUCUUUGGUUAGCAGUCACAAGUGUCAAGUUAAACGGCGGUCAAUAGCCUGAAAGCAAAUGGAGCACCAGUGAUAAGCAAACAACCAGCCUGGGUCAGGACACAUUUGUAUGCAGCAGGGAGAGGAUGUGCAUUAGCAUCAGACUAAAGCUGCUGCCGCAGCUCCGCACUUCUUUGUGUUCAGUUUGGUAGUGGGGGCAGGGUGAAAGAGAGAAGGAUUGAGAGGAAUUGAUGGGACGAUGGAGAGGGGGCAAUGAUAGGGUAAUGUCUUCGUUUAUUAAAAACCAACCAACCAAUCUUUCUGGCCAAGUAGAGAAAUAAAUGAUAAAAACUGAACGGGCACCUCGGGAUUGAAUUGCACACUGAUCACACAGCAGAAACUAUUUCUUUAGGAGCAAACUGGUGAGCUAUCCAGUGUUUGAACAGGACGAGAAGUAUAACAUAAAGUACAAUUCUUAAAGCUGUACAUUUAAAUACGGCCUUUUCUUCAAAAGCCAAACUUGUGGCUAUGUUUAACCAAGUCAAUGAUAGCACAGCUUGGGGAAAGAAGAUAUCUGGCUUUGAGAAUGUAGGAUGCAGUUUGUUGGAUAGUGCCCCCUAGAGGUGACAUGUGUCUCUUUAUUGAAGGUGUCCAGAUUUGGCUUUGAUCUUCUCAAUGAAAGCUUGAGCCAUGUCUCUGUACACAUAAUGACGCCUACAAGUUGGAGGAAAGUGUUUGUGUAAACCAAAAAUUGUUACACUUCACAUUCAAUGGAAAACAUACACUGUUCGUAAUGAUGUCCAAAGUCAAGCACCUCCACUUUGUUUCCGAUUUUGUUUUCUUCCAGCUUCGCACUGCUAUUACUACUGCCCUUAUUAUCUGUCUUGCAUGUUCAAAAGUCAAUUGAGUUGAAUAUUUCUUAAUGUCAUUCAGCAAACAUUAUUAAGAGACUUCAUUUUUGAUAACACCAAGAAUGGGGAUGUGUGUGUGUGUGUGUGUGUGUGUGUGUGUGUGUGUGUGUGUGUGUGUGUGUGUGUGUGUGUGUGUGUGUGUGUGUGUGUGUGUGUGUGUAAUUCCUAUAGAGUUCUGUCAAUCAUUUGACAUUUCACUGUUUAAGACUACGGUUGUACUAAAUGACUGAAGAUCCACAAAUUUGUAGAAAUAUGCAUCCCUUUGCACUCUGUCUCUUUGUAAACUGUUUUUGUUUCCUCUCGUCAUCCUCUAGCCCUGGUCCCCACCCUGCCUAAAAAUAAAAAAAGGAAAAAAACAAGUGAACCAAUCCCCUCUCUCUUACCCAAUCUCUUUGUGCAAAAUGAAUGCUUUUCUCUUUCCAUUUCCUUUUGUAUUGUAAUAUGUACAAUUUCAUAUCUGUAUAGUGGAUAAGAUGUGCCAAACUGAAAAAAAAAAACAU